AUGGCGGUCAAGCCAGAGCUCCACACGAUAGAAAUCAGCCAGCGCCCCCGAAGAACGUGGGCGCAAACCCUCAAUGCCGUGGUAGCGGCGGUCGUCUUCGUCUUCGGAUGUGUUAUGAUCAAUGGCUCCCAGAUCGCCUUCCUGCUCCCGCUCAAGGUGCUCCCGUUCGCCUGCGCGGAGCGCAUGUACUAUGAAGGCAUCCGCUACAGCAAGGGCGCGUUCGGGGCGCUGCUGGUGCUUAUGAGCCAGUGGUUCGCGCCGACGAAGCUGGUCGUGACGUUUGAGCGAGAGGGACAGGGCCGCUUCACCAAGGAGCAAAUCGAGCUGCUGGUCGAGCGCAAUGCGACGGGCAGGGUAGUGGGACUGCGCCUCCCGCAGAGGGCGGUGAUGAUCGCGAAUCACCAGGUCUACGCUGACUGGUGGUAUGCGUGGUCCUUGACAUACUACAUGGGGACAUGCGCGGACGUCUUCAUCGUGCUGAAGGAAAGCCUCAAGUGGUUACCAAUCCUGGGCUGGGGCAUGCGCCUCUUCAACUUCAUAUUCCUCAAACGCUCAUGGGCAUCGGAUCGCCUCCACCUAUCAUCCAGCCUAUCAUGGCUAGGCCGACGGGCGGAGACGCAAGACUCGCCAUUGACCUUCAUUCUGUAUCCGGAAGGCACGUUGGUGAGCAAGGACACGAAACCCCUAAGCAAGAAGUUCGCGGAUAAGAUAGGCAUCCCAGACAUGAUGCACAGUCUUCUGCCUCGGUCGACAGGCCUUCAUUACUCCCUGCGCUCGCUCGCACCCCGGAUUCCCAGCCUGCAGCUCAUCGAUAUAACAGUGACGUAUCCAGGCAUCCCACCCUUCGGUUACGGCCAGUCUUGGUAUACUCUCCGUUCAAUAUUUAUGGACCGAGUUCCGCCGCCCGCGGUGCACAUGCACAUCCGCUGCUUUGACGUCACGAAGGACGUGCCUAUCGGCGAGGUGUCCUCGACAAACCCCGACGUGUUACCGGAGAGGUCGGGCAAGGAGAGCGUGCAGGAGGUGGACAUACCCGAGAAGGAGCGGGACACGUUCGAGCUGUGGCUGCGUGACCUCUGGCGCGAGAAAGACAAGCUCAUUUCCAAGUACCUCGAGACCGGCUCAAUGGUGGACGAUUACAAGGAGGAGGUCGAGAUCCCGUUGCGGUUAAAGCGAACAAGAGAAGUAUUCGACGCCUUCUGCUUCUUCAUGCCCGCCGCUGUGUUCUGGGCGUGGCGGCGGUUCAGAUAA